AUGUCAAUAGGAGAGCAUGUAGAAGCCUUGGAUUGUUUCCGUGGAAAAUCGCCUCGACAAAAUCCUUUAGAUUGCCUCUUACCCGGAGACAAAUUUGAUAUCGAACAAUUGAAAAUGCUUUUAAGUUUUCGAGGAUUGGAAUUAAAAGUCUUACUCGAUACCAAAAUGUUUCUAAAAAGUGCAAAAUCGUUCGAAUUAUCGAAUGUAACGAAACGUGCGUUAGAAAAAUCACACGAAUUACCACAAAUUGAAAAAUGGUUUAACAAAAUUAUGGGCAAAAAUUACAGUGUUUCGAAACAUGAUUCGAGUCUUGUAAAUUUACUGCUAACGAUUAGCAACCAAUAUCUAAAUGCAUGCAUUCCGAUUAUCUUAUACGAUCAAAAUAUUCAAAAUCAAAAUGUCGAAAUGUUCGAUGAGCUAUUUCAACAAUUUCCAACAACAUUCUAUCAUGGAACGGUUGUGAAUAAUACAAUUCAAGAAAAACGUUUAUUAAUACGUAAUUUAAAGUAUUGUCGAAGUUUUAUUUUAUUUUCAACGGAUAUUAUGAACACACCGAAAAUAAUACCGAAACAGCAUUCGGAGUAUGUAAUUGUUGUUUCGCAAUCGUCACAGUGGCGGAUCCAAGAAUUUUUAAGUACGCAUAUAUCGCAUGUCUUUGUUAAUUUAUUGGUGAUUGGAGAAAGUUUUCAGAACACGCAACGAUCUAAGGAUACUUAUAUUUUGUACACACAUCGAUUGCAUAUCGAUGGUCUUGGAUCGAGCGCAUCCGAAGUGUUAACCGCCUGGAUUCGAACCCAUCUAACAAGACCCGCUGUAAAUUUAUUCCCAUCAAAAUUGGAACAUGGAGUAGCUGGUCAUCGAUUUAUUGUGGGCGUUGCUCAUCAUCCACCGUUUGUGGUGAAACGUUUAUUAUCUGAUGUGGGAGGCGGAAAUAAGCGUGUCCAUUGGGACGGUAUUGAAAUCCGUCUGUUAAAAAUGUUAUCAACAAUUUUGAAUUUUACAUUGGAAUUUAAGGACGUUAUGAAUAAAACAAUUGGUCCAGGUUAUUCUGUUGAACAAUUCAUGAAAACUGGUAAAGGGGACGUUGGUGUUGGCGGUAUUUAUACGACACCGGAGCGUAUCCAACAUUUUGAUUUAACAGCUGGACAUACUGAAGAUUGUGCUUCAUUUGUUUCGUUAACUUCAACAGCAUUACCUAAGUAUCGGGCAAUUAUGGGACCAUUCCAGUGGACUGUGUGGGUUGCAUUAACGUUCACCUAUCUAAUUGGUAUUAUACCAUUAUCAUUUUCCGAUAAACAUGAUUUGCGUUAUUUAAUUGAUAAUCCUGGCCAAAUUGAGAGCAUGUUUUGGUAUGUUUUUGGAACAUUUACCAAUUGUUUUACAUUUACUGGCAAACAAUCUUGGAGUAGAAGUAAAAAAGUUACUACACGUCUUUUGAUUGGCUGGUAUUGGGCUUUUACAAUAAUAAUUACAGCAUGCUACACUGGAUCUAUAAUUGCUUUUGUAACGUUGCCCGUGUUUCCAGAAACAAUUGAUACGACCGACCAAUUAGUUAACGCACAUUAUCGAAUAAUAACACUGAACAAUGACGGUUGGAGUACUUGGUUCAUGAAUUCAUCGGAUAAUCGUGUGGUCAAACUAAUGAAAAAUUUAAGAGUGGUACCGGAUGUACAAACAGCUGUUUAUAACAUAACACACGCAUUUUUUUGGCCAUAUGCAUUUUUAGGCUCCAGAGCCAAUUUGGAUUAUAUGAUAAGGACAAAUUUUUCAGUUGGAUUGGGUAAACGAUCGCUUUUGCAUGUAAGCGAUGAAUGUUUCGUUGCGUAUUCCGUAUCAAUAAUGCUUCCAUUGGAUUCCUUAUACACAUCAGCUUUAAGUAGUAUUAUACAAAAAGCGAUUCAAGCUGGACUUUUGAUGAAAAUUAAUAACGACGUUAAGUGGGAUCUAUAUCGAUCACCAACUGGAAAAUUGCUUCAGAUCGGUACAGGGUCCCUAUUAAAGCUACCACCACCCGAGGAUAAAGCACUCACACUGGAUGAUACCCAAGGAAUGUUUUUAUUACUUGGAGCUGGUUUUAUAAUAGCACUAACAUCUUUGAUCUCCGAAUACGUUGGCGGUUGUGUCAACUAUUGCAAACGUAAACAAUUCUUUACACGUAAAAACCGUACAUCGAGUGUGAUAUCAAGUAAAUCGUUCCAUUUACCAUCACCCAAACGUAAAAUCGUAACAAAACCGUCGGCCUAUAAUCAUGUUCUGAAUGACAGCACAAGUGACGUACAUUUUGACACUGACACUGACAAAGACAAUAAUAAUGUUGACUAUAAUUCUACAUCCGUUUUAAUUCAUAACCAUCAAAAAUCUUUGGAUUCAGAGAAUGAUGAAGAUCAUCGAAAAUUCAGUUAUCAAUCCAAUAUUAGCGCUGAUAUUGAUAAGUUAUUUAAUUUGGAUGAAUGGUUUGGUGAAAAACAAUCCUAUCAUCCACAUUCCACUUAG